UCAGGGCCCGCAGCCGCGGCUCGGCGCCCGUCGUAGCAGCCCGCGGACAGCGACCGUGAGCGCCGAGUAGCGCCGAGAGCAGCGCCGCCUCCCGAGAACUACGACUCCCAAGGCGCUCUUCGGCGCCGCUCCGGAGCAGCGCAUGCGCAGACGCGCGACGUCCGCCCGAACUGCGUUUCCCGGCCGGCCGCGCGCGAGGUCUUAGCGGCUUCUCCUCCUACGUUCCUCUUGCGCCGCUCCUCGCGCUUUGUGACGCGGCCCCCAGCGUGGUGACGCACAAAGUGUGUGCCCGCCAUAGCGAUCGCGGCCGCCGCGGGGUGCGCGGGGCCGAGCGCGGGGGCCGGGGUGGCGACGGCGGCGACCCAGCGGGGCAUCGGGCAGGCUAAGCCAUGACUUCAGGAUCUGGGCAUGUGGACUCCAAGGCUGAGCUCACUACUUUGCUUGAGCAAUGGGAGAAAGAACAUGGCAGUGGGCAAGAUAUGGUUCCUAUUCUCACCAGGAUGUCUGAGUUGAUUGAGAAGGAGACUGAAGAAUACCGCAAAGGGGAUCCAGACCCUUUUGAUGACCGACACCCUGGUCGAGCGGACCCUGAGUGUAUGCUUGGUCACCUACUAAGGAUACUUUUCAAGAAUGAUGAUUUCAUGAAUGCGCUAGUGAAUGCUUAUGUGAUGACGAGCAGAGAACCUCCAUUAAACACUGCUGCCUGCAGACUUCUUCUGGAUAUCAUGCCAGGACUGGAAACUGCUGUUGUCUUUCAGGAAAAGGAAGGAAUAGUUGAAAAUCUCUUUAAAUGGGCACGAGAAGCUGAUCAGCCACUAAGAACAUAUGCAACAGGGCUUUUAGGAGGAGCUAUGGAAAACCAAGAUAUCGCUGCCAAUUACAGGGAUGAGAAUUCACAACUGGUGGCUUUGGUGCUUCGACGGCUGCGGGAGUUACAGGUUACUGAAAUGACCACAAAACAAGAAAACAAGCGUCCCAGUCCUCGGAAAGUGCCAUCAGAUUCUCUGCUGCCUUUGGAUGAAGAGGCUGUGGAUAUGGAUUAUGGGGAGAUGGCAGUGGAUGGAGAGCAAGAAGAAGUGGCUGGGGAUAUGGAGAUCUCCUUUCAUCUUGAUUCAAGUCACAAGACCAGUAGCAGAGUCAACUCUUCUACAAAGCUAGAUGAUGGGGGAUUAAGAAAAAGCAAAUCAGGGAAACAGCAUGAAAGAGAUGGCUUCCGGAAGGCCAAGCAAAAACUGGGCUUCCCUGCUUCAGAACCAGAGCGGAUAUUUGUUGAACUGUCCAACAGCAGCUGGUCAGAAAUGUCCCCAUGGGUGAUUGGCACUAAUUAUACACUUUACCCUUUGACUCCUGCCAUAGAGCAGAGGCUCAUUCUUCAAUACCUGACUCCCUUAGGGGAAUAUCAAGAGCUAUUACCCAUCUUCAUGCAACUGGGAUCAAGGGAGCUGAUGAUGUACUACAUUGACUUGAAACGAACCAAUGAUGUGCUGCUUACUUUUGAAGCCCUUAAGCAUUUGGCAUCGUUGCUGCUGCAUAACAAGUUUGCAACCGAGUUUGUUGCUCACGGAGGAGUGCAAAAGUUGCUGGAGAUUCCUCGUCCUUCCAUGGCAGCCACAGGAGUUUCCAUGUGCUUGUAUUAUUUAUCUUACAAUCAAGAUGCAAUGGAAAGGGUGUGCAUGCACCCCCAUAAUGUGCUUUCAGAUGUAGUGAACUACACCUUAUGGCUAAUGGAGUGCUCCCAUGCCUCAGGCUGCUGUCAUGCUACUAUGUUCUUCUCCAUUUGCUUCUCCUUUCGUGCUGUCCUGGAGCUCUUCGACAGGCACGAUGGCCUUCGUCGUCUGGUUAACCUGAUAAGUACCCUUGAAAUCUUAAACUUGGAAGACCAAGGAGCUCUCUUGAGUGAUGAUGAGAUCUUUGCCAGUCGCCAGACUGGGAAGCACACCUGCAUGGCCUUGCGGAGAUACUUUGAAGCCCACCUUGCUAUCAAACUUGAACAGGUGAAGCAGUCACUCCAGCGCACUGAAGGUGGUGUUUUGGUCCAUCCACAGCCCCCAUACAAGGCCUGUUCCUACACUCAUGAGCAGAUUGUAGAGAUGAUGGAAUUCCUCAUCGAGUAUGGGCCAGCACAGCUCUACUGGGAGCCAGCGGAAGUUUUCCUUAAAUUGUCUUGUGUCCAGCUCAUGCUUCAGCUCAUUUCAAUAGCAUGUAACUGGAAGACGUACUAUGCAAGGAACGACACAGUGCGCUAUGCUUUGGAUGUGCUAGCCAUCCUGACUGUGGUUCCUAAAAUCCAACUACAGCUGGCAGAACCUGUGGAUGUGUUAGAUGAAGCUGGAUCUACCGUUUCCACUGUGGGUAUUAGUAUCAUCCUUGGAGUUGCUGAGGGUGAAUUUUUCAUCCAUGAUGCUGAGAUUCAGAAAUCAGCCCUUCAGAUCAUCAUCAAUUGUGUCUGCGGCCCAGAUAACCGGAUCUCCAGUAUUGGCAAAUUCAUCUCUGGAACUCCUCGGCGAAAGCUUCCUCAGGCCCCUAAGAGCAGUGAGCAUACACUGGCUAAGAUGUGGAAUGUAGUGCAGUCCAACAAUGGCAUCAAAGUGCUGCUGUCAUUGCUGUCUAUAAAGAUGCCAAUCACAGAUGCUGACCAGAUCCGAGCAUUAGCCUGCAAAGCCUUGGUGGGGCUCUCACGCAGCAGUACUGUCCGGCAGAUUAUCAGCAAGCUCCCACUCUUCAGCAGCUGUCAAAUUCAGCAGCUGAUGAAAGAGCCAGUGCUUCAGGACAAGCGCAGUGAGCAUGUGAAGUUCUGUAAAUAUGCUGCUGAACUGAUAGAGCGUGUCUCUGGGAAGCCAUUGCUGAUUGGCACAGAUGUCUCCCUGGCUCGGUUGCAGAAAGCGGAUGUGGUGGCUCAGUCAAGAAUCACGUUUCCUGAGAAGGAGCUGCUGCUCCUGAUUCGGAACCAUCUCAUCUCUAAGGGCCUAGGAGAAACCGCAUCUAUCCUUACUAAAGAGGCUGACCUACCCAUGACUGCAGCAUCCCAUUCAUCUGCCUUCACCCCCGUUGCGGCUGCUGCCUCUCCCGUGGCCCUGCCUCGCACUCCUCGCAUAGCUAAUGGCAUCUCAGCCCGUUUGAGUAGCCACACUUCUGUAGGUUCUGCUGCCACAUCUGUCCAUGCUCAGGCAAGGCCACCUGCAUCCCAAGGUCCACUUGCCCUUCCAGGCCCUUCUUAUGCUAGCAACUCUCCUCUGAUUGGCAGGAUUAGCUUUGUCAGGGAGAGGCCAUCUCCCUGCAACAGCAGAAAAAUAAGAGUGUUGCGACAAAAAUCGGACCAUGGCGCAUACAGCCAGAGCCCAGCUAUCAAAAAGCAGCUGGACAGACACCUUCCUUCCCCACCCACACUGGACAGUAUAAUCACAGAGUACCUUAGGGAGCAGCAUGCCCGCUGCAAAAACCCUGUUGCAACCUGUCCCCCUUUCUCUCUCUUUACUCCCCACCAAUGUCCUGAGCCAAAACAGAGGCGCCAAGCGCCAACUAACUUUACCUCACGGCUGACCCGCAGGGCAGCCUUUCCGAAGUACGGAGGGGUGGAUGGUGGCUGCUUUGAUAGACAUCUUAUAUUUAGCAGGUUCCGUCCAAUAUCUGUGUUCCGGGAAGCAAAUGAGGAUGAGAGUGGCUUUACCUGUUGUGCUUUUUCUGCACGUGAACGAUUCUUAAUGCUGGGUACUUGCACAGGGCAGUUAAAACUAUACAAUGUAUUUAGUGGACAGGAAGAGGCGAGUUACAACUGCCAUAACUCUGCUAUCACACAUCUUGAGCCGUCAAGGGAUGGAUCCUUAUUGCUGACAUCUGCUACGUGGAGCCAACCUCUGUCUGCGUUGUGGGGAAUGAAGUCUGUCUUUGAUAUGAAGCAUUCCUUCCCUGAUGACCAAUAUGUGGAGUUCAGCAAGCACUCUCAAGAUAGAGUCAUUGGCACAAAAGGAGACAUUGCCCAUAUCUAUGAUAUUCAGACCGGCAACAAGCUAUUGACUCUGUUUAACCCAGAUCUCGCCAAUAACUACAAGAAGAACUGUGCCACAUUUAACCCUACUGAUGACCUUGUCCUAAAUGAUGGUGUUCUCUGGGAUGUCAGAUCAGCACAAGCCAUCCACAAGUUUGAUAAAUUCAACAUGACCAUCAGUGGUGUUUUCCAUCCCAAUGGGUUAGAGGUCAUAGUCAACACAGAAAUUUGGGACCUCCGAACUUUCCAUUUGUUACAUACAGUUCCUGCGCUGGAUCAGUGUCGUGUGGUCUUCAACUAUACGGGCACAGUUAUGUAUGGAGCUAUGUUGCAGGCAGAUGAUGAAGAUGAACUUCUGGAGGAGAGAAUGAGAAGUCCUUUUGGCUCUUCUUUCAGGACGUUCAAUGCAACUGAUUAUAAACCCAUAGCUACCAUAGAUGUAAAGCGGAAUAUCUUUGACUUGUGCACAGACAGCAAGGAUUGCUAUCUGGCUGUCAUUGAGAACCAAGGCAGCAUGGAUUCCAUGAACAUGGAUACAGUUUGCAGACUGUAUGAAGUGGGUAGGCAGCGUUUGGCAGAAGAUGAAGAGGAUGAAGAAGAAGAUCAGGAGGAAGAAGAACAAGAGGAAGAAGAUGAUGAUGAAGAUGAUGAUGAUACAGAUGACCUUGAUGAACUAGAUACAGACCAGCUACUGGAGGCUGAGUUGGAGGAGGAUGAGAACAAUGAGAAUGCUGGUGAGGAUGGAGAAAAUGACUUUUCGCCCUCCGACGAUGAGGAACUUGCCAACCUCCUGGAAGAGGGUGAUGAGGGUGAAGAUGAAGACUCUGAUGCUGAUGAGGAAGUUGAGCUGAUUCUUGGAGAUAUUAACUGCAGCAUCCAGUGAAUUUACAUAGGAGAAAGAACCAUCGUCAUCUCCAAGGUAAGGCAGGAAGUUUCCUUGAUGCCAGAGCUGCUGCUACUUCCCUCUUGUGCAACUGAGGAAGGGGAGAUUUUCUACAAAAAAGCAAGUGUGUGUGUGUGUGUGUGUGUAUUUGCUUUUGGCAAAUCCUUUCAUGCUCUCAUCCUGUACCACAGGGAAGAAAAACCAGCAAAGACACAAUGUUCAGAAGUAGGUUAUGGGUCACUGUUAUUGAGCAUCAUGUACUUACAUGAAUUCAUGGUAACCUUUAGGCUGCUAGAGGAAGGUGCUAGUUUUGAGUGCAUAGACUGCAUCUCUUCUGAGGGGAGGUAUCCCACUGUUAUGUGCUGCUGGGACCAUCGGACUAGUUAGAACCUAAUGCUGAAGAAGUCUGGGUCCAGCUUGCUGAGUAAUUAAUUAGCCCCAUGAACAUUAUACAGAGGCCAUGUUUAACCACAUUGGAUUAGUGGAACUGUCAAACUUGCUUUGAAAUGACAGCUGUGAGAAACAGCUGUCCAGCCCCAAGCACAAAGAGCUGUGGGGUGGAUGCAGCACGAUGGCUUUUAGAUGGGCACCCUAAGUUGUGCAGGCAGCUCGUGUGCAGGUAACUUCCUCCCGGUAUACUUCUGUCUUGUAAGGAGAAAAUACUGCCAGCUAAUAGAAACUGCACUUGCUAGAGCUGCUGCUGUCCUCUUCCCUGUACUUUAACAGGGAGGAAAAAGCUAUGGUGCAGAUUUGUUAACUGCUUUUGGUUGAUUUUAAAUGCAUUAAUAGGGCUAGCUGCCUUCCUCGUUGCUGAGGUGCUGCUGGUCCCAAGCAGCUGGUGGCCAUCUCUUAUGAGUUAGUGCCUUGCUUAGCUGCCCUGCUGACUGUCUGCUGACUGAACAUAACCUACGUGUCUCCU